AUGAAGCUGCUGAAGCCAUGGGGGACGGCGGGUGGCGGCCUCCUGCAUCUCACGGUCCUGCUGGCGGGGCUCCGCCUGGACCUGGACUUGGAUCUGGACCUGCUGCUGCCACCGUCCUUCCUGCUCCAGGAUGAAGCGCUACUGCUGGGCGACCCAGGCAGCUCCGCCUACGCCCUCAACCCCUUCCCCUGGGACGGCGGGGAACACUCUGGGCAUCUGCACCCCAAGGACCGGGAGCAUGACCCCACUGGGCCUCCCCAGGGCCACUGGCUCCGGGAAGUGCGCGCUCUUGGGGUACCCUUCAUCCCGCGCCUCCGCGUCGAUGCCUGGCUGGUGCACAGCGUGGCGGGCGGGGACACAGACGGGACCCACGGGCUGCUCAGCGCCGCCGCCUCGGCCGGAGGGAUCGGCACCAGUGUGGAUGGCAGCAGCCACGCCGCGCCCGGGAGCAGUGGGGAUUCCCGGUUGGCUAGGAGUAGCCCGGUGACAGCCGCGGGAGAGGACAAGUUACCCGCGGAACCGACGGCUCAGGUGCCGGACGCCGGCGGAGGCGCGAGCCAGAUACAGCUACACGGAACGGAAACACCUUUCUCUCUGGAGGACUUCGUUCAGUUGCUUCCCUCACAGCCCGAGUUCUCACUGGAGGGUCUGGGCCUCUCAUUUGGGGAGAUUUUGCCCUUUCCGAGCAAUGUCACUGAUGGCAUAGACUGCUCAGCACCUCAGCCGACUGAUUUCAGCCAGGCUCUAAGUCACGAUGUCAAUCUUCAGGAGGCCAUGGUGCUGCGUCCCAACAGCACAUUCAGAAGUGACCCUGCAGCAACAACUUUCCAGGUGCAAGAACCAUUUCUGCAGCUUAAUCCUGAGCCAACGUUCCCUGGAGCUGAUCUCAUGAGGCCUCCACCUGACAAUCAUAUACCGGUUCUCACAAGUCCAGACCUACUAUGUGACCUUGAUACAAACAUGUUUGAGGAGAUAAGCUUACUGUCACUGGCCACCCAGGAAGACUUUGAUCCAGGAGAAAUUUCUCAGCUUUUUGAAGAACCAGCUUCUGAUUCUGGCCUCUCCUUAAAUGCAAACCACUAUGGUACCCCUGUCUCAAAGUCAAGUAAUUCCCACUUCAUUCAUGAAGGUGCUACAGGUAGUAAUGGCGAGCUGGACUCGCUUUCCCAUCAUCAGUUAGAAGGGGCUGUGGGAGGAUAUUCCUUAGAACUUAGUCAAUUUUGCCACACAGCAAAUCGUAGCAGUUUUCACCAGGAUCUUACAUUUCAAAAUGUAUUCCACAACCAUACUUACCACUUACAGCCAUAUGCACCAGAAUCCACUUUGGGGACAUCACAGAGAACAAGUGCGUGCCUUGACACAGACACCAACUUGAGCCGCGAUGAGCGGUGUGCCAAAGCCCUGCACAUCCCCUUUACUGUAGAUGAAAUUGUCCGCACGCCCAUCGAUUCCUUCAACAGCAUGUUAAGUAGGUACUAUCUGACCGACUUACAAGUCUCACUCAUCCGUGACAUCAGACGAAGAGGGAAAAAUAAAGUUGCUGCUCAGAACUGUCGGAAGCGCAAAUUAGACAUAAUCUGCAACUUAGAGGAUGACGUAUAUAACUUACAAACCAAGAAGGAAAUUCUUAAAAGUGAGCAAGCCCAAUUUAACAAAGCUAUUAAUGUGAUGAAGCAGAAACUGUGUGACGUUUAUCGUGAUGUUUUCAACAGGCUGAGAGAUGAUCAGGGUAGGCCAGUGAAUCCAAACCAGUAUGUUCUUCAGUGCAGCCGCGAUGGAAGCAUUUUGAUUGUACCCAGAGACCUGGUAGCCUCAGGCCACAAAAAGGACUCUCAAGAGGGGAAAAAGAAAAAGUGA